AUGCAGGCUGAGGAAUACAACCUUCGAGGUAAGGAGCUGGUGGACUACAUCACCAAGUACCUGAGCACCAUCCAGGACCGCAGAGUCAUUCCAGAUGUGAAACCAGGUUACAUGAGCGCCCUCAUCCCAGAACGUGCGCCCGCAGAGUCCGAGGACUGGGACGCCAUCUUUCAGGACUUCCAGAGAGUCGUCAUGCCGGGAGUGGUUCACUGGCAGAGUCCUCACAUGCACGCUUAUUACCCCAGUCUGACAUCAUGGCCGUCCUUGUUGGGAGACAUGUUGGCCGACGCCAUCAACUGUGUGGGCUUCACUUGGGCGUCCAGCCCCGCCUGCACAGAGUUAGAAAUGAAGGUGAUGGAUUGGCUGUGCAGAGCUUUAGGACUUCCUGACUUCUUCCUGCAUCAGCACCGUGACAGCCGAGGGGGCGGAGUCUUGCAGAGCACGGUGAGUGAGAGCACGCUGGUGGCUCUGCUGGCCGCCAGGAAGGACAAGAUCAUGCAGCUGGACCGGGACCAGGACCUGGACCUGGACCCCUCCGUCCUCAACUCCACCCUGGUGGCCUACGCCUCUGAUCAGGCGCACUCGUCAGUGGAGAAGGCGGGUCACAUCUCGCUGGUCAAGAUCCGCUUCCUGCCCACAGACCACCUGAUGGCCCUCAGGGGGGACACGUUGAGACGGGCCGUGCAAGAAGACCGGCGGAGAGGACUACUUCCCUUCCUGCUGUGUGCCACCCUGGGAACCACAGGAGUCUGUGCCUUCGACGCCCUCUCAGAACUGGGACCUGUCUGUGCAGAGGAGGGACUAUGGCUCCACGUGGACGCCGCCUAUGCAGGCUCCGCCUACUUGUGUCCGGAGCUGCGUUGGUCCCUGGAAGGCAUCCAGUUUGCCGACUCCUUCGUCUUCAACCCUUCCAAGUGGAUGAUGGUUCACUUCGACUGCACCGCCUUUUGGGUGAAGGACAAACUGAAGCUCCAGCAGACAUUUAGUGUGGACCCUGUUUACCUGCGUCACGACAACUCCCAAGUAGCUACUGACUUCAUGCAUUGGCAAAUUCCUCUUAGUCGUCGUUUCCGAUCCCUCAAACUUUGGUUUGUCUUACGCUCGUUUGGACUGAAGAAGCUGCAGGAACACAUUAGACACGGCAUCGACAUGGCCAAGCUCCUGGAGUCCCUGAUCAGGAGUGAGCCACACUUCGACAUUCCUGCCCAGAGACACCUUGGCCUGGUGGUGUUCUGCCUCAAGGCCGGCAACGCUUUGACCCAGGAACUGCUCCGAAGACUGACCUGUUCCGGGACCAUGUACCUCAUUCCCGCAGAGGUUCACAACAAACGCAUCCUUCGGUUCACAGUCACCUCCCAGUUCACCACAGCCGACCACAUCCGCAGGGACUGGGGGAUUAUUUCCAAAAUAGCUUCUGGUCUCCUAGGCGAGACUGCUGGCCCUGAUCAGGUCCAGCUAGGAGCCGGGGUCAAGGCAGAUGAUGAAGCGACUGAGGAGACCACCCCCAGGAUGGACAAAGCCCAGGUGGAGCUUUGGAUCGACAAGACUUGGAAUCGGUCCAGGAGGCCAAUGCGCUCUCUGAGCUGCAACAGCGAGCCCUACAGUUACCUCGGUCCUCGAUGUGGUCACGCCUUUGAGAGCAAGCUGAGCCCUCAGGAGGAAGCGGGUGUCCUCCCCGCAGCAGGAGGGAAGCAAGCCGUGAAGAAGCUGACCAAGUUCUACAGCGUCCCAAGUUUUUGCAACCAGUGGACACCAGGUAGUCGCCACCACCUUUGCUGCCCCCUCAAAGUGUCUCAGGCUGCCAGACCCCCGUCCUGCCGCAGGUUGACCUGCAUCCCUCCUUCCGGUCACGGAGACUCGUCUCCUCCACCGGGAGACAGCAAACUCCUUUGAAGCGGGUGGAAAGAUGACAAAGCAGAAGCUUGAGAAGAAAACUUUAUUCCAGCCUAAGUUCGUGUUGAAAACUUUAUUCCAGACUAACUUCUUGUUGAAAACUUUAUUCCAAACUAAGUUCUUGUUGAAAACUUUAUUCCAGACUAAGUUCUUGUUGAAAACUUUAUACCAGACUAACUUCUUGAAAACUUUAUUCCAGACUAACUUCUUGUUGAAAACUUUAUUCCUGACUAAAUUCUUGUUGAAAACUUUAUUCCAGACUAAGUUCUUGUUGAAAACUUUAUUCCUGACUAAGUUCUUGUUGAAAACUUUAUUCCUGACUAAGUUCUUGAAAACUUUAUUCCAGACUAAGUUCUUGUUGAAAACUUUAUUCCAGACUAACUUCUUGUUGAAAACUUUAUUCCUGACUAAGUUCUUGUUGAAAACUUUAUUCCAAACUAAGUUCUUGUUGAAAACUUUAUUCCAGACUAAGUUCUUGAAAACUUUAUUCCAGACUAAAUUCUUGUUGAAAACUUUAUUCCAGACUAAGUUCUUGUUGAAAACUUUAUUCCAGACUAACUUCUUGUUGAAAACUUUAUUCCAGACUAAGUUCUUGAAAACUAUAUUCCAGACUAAGUUCUUGUUGAAAACUUUAUUCCAGACUAACUUAUUGUUGAAAACUUUAUUCCUAAAUUCUUGUUGAAAACUUUAUUCCCGACUAAGUUCUUGUUGAAGACUUUAUUCCAGACUAAGUUCU